AUGCUCAACAAUUCUCCUCCGCCCUCACCACCUCCCCCUCCUCCGCCUCUCACUCCCUCCGAUACCAAUUUUGGCCGCAUCGCGCCCUUCUGCGUGUUUUAUUUAAUUUUCCUCUUCUUAGUGAUCUUAAUCGGCCUGAGGUGUCCAUGCCAGACCGACAAUGAAGCCGCCAACGAUGAUGAUCCCGACCUUGAAAUAGGCAACGUAAGGGCUCAGAUUCCUCCACCACCGGUGCCUCUAAUGCUGGGCGCAGCUCCGAUUCCUACUCCUCUACCACCAGAUGGAAACCCCGAGACGCCACUGGAGCUGGAUGUGGAGGAAUUCGUCGGGCUUAAGAUAGAUGAGAAUGGGGUAUGGGAAGGAGAAGAGCACAUCGAGUGCGCAAUAUGCCUGGAGGACUUUAACCAAGGAGCUGAAGAAGCCUGCCAGGCGAUCGUCCUGGACUGUCGCCAUGUGUAUCACGUUGCCUGCAUCCUAGAGUGGCUCCACACGCACCACGAGUGCCCGAUAUGCCGCAGGUACGUGCAGUUCCUCUGUUUGGUGCUGAUCCGUCCUCGAUCCAGCCCUGAAGCACAGACAGGGGAUUCGAAGAGCGUGUCCCAGAAUAUCAGCUAA